CCUGCCCGCGGCCCGUCGCGCCGGCGGAAGCGCGGCCGCAGCCCGUGAGGAUGCUUCGGGCCUGGCGGGCGCCGCCGCUGGCGCGGGCCCGGGCCGGCGCCGCCCGGGGCUGGGCGCGCUCCGCCGCCUCGGAGGCCGCGGCCGAGAGCCGGGAGGACUCCCGGUACCGGGACACGGUGCUGCUGCCGCGCAGCCGCUUCCCCGCGCAGCUGCCGGGGCGGCUGCAGCCCGAGAAGGAGCUGGAAACGCAGCAGAAAUGUGGUUUUUCGGAGCUGUACUCAUGGCAAAGGCAAAGGAAGACAAAACAGGAAUUUUGUCUGCAUGAUGGACCACCCUAUGCCAAUGGAGACCCUCAUGUUGGCCAUGCAUUAAACAAAAUUUUGAAAGACAUCACCAACCGCUUCCAUGUGAUGAGAGGUUAUAAAGUGCAUUAUGUGCCAGGGUGGGAUUGCCAUGGAUUGCCAAUUGAAUUGAAGGCACUGUCAGAAGUCAAAGGAGCUGAAAAUCUUUCACCGAUGGAAAUUCGGCAGAGAGCCAGAGCAUUUGCAGAAAGUGCAAUUGAGAAACAGAAAUCUGCCUUCAUUCGUUGGGGUGUAAUGGCAGAUUGGGCCAACUGCUACCUUACAUUUGAUCCAAAGUAUGAAGCAAACCAGCUGAGAGUCUUCUACAAGAUGUAUGACAAGGGUUUAAUUUAUCGGGACUAUAAACCUGUGUUCUGGUCCCCUUCAACAAAAACAGCCUUGGCUGAGGCAGAACUGGAGUACAACGAGCAGCACGUCAGUCGCUCUGUGUACGUGAAAUUUCCACUGCUGAAGUCGCCACCUAAGCUGACUUCUGUGCUAGAUGGAUCAUCCCCUGCUAGUGUGCUAGUCUGGACCACGCAACCUUGGACUGUGCCAGCCAAUCAAGCAGUUUGUUACAUGCCAGACUCAGUAUAUUCAAUUGUAAAAUGUGCAGUGACUGGACAACGCUUCAUCCUUGCUGCAGAUAGAGUUGAAUCUACAGCUGCUGUUCUGGACACACAGUUUGAGGUUAUAUCAACAUGUAAAGGUGCAGAUUUGGCAGAUGGUUCUUGUGCUCAUCCCACCAUUCCUGGCAGAGUCUCUCCCUUGUUACCUGCAAAUCAUGUGACAAUGACAAAAGGGACAGGAUUAGUUCACACAGCCCCAGCUCAUGGUAUGGAAGAUUACAGCGUGGCUUCCCACCAUCAGCUACCCACGGAUUGCCUUGUGGAUGAAAGUGGAUAUUUUACAGAAGCAGCAGGUCCUGAACUUAAAAACAAGAAUGUGCUUGAAGAAGGGAAUGAAGCUGUCAUUAAGAUGCUUCAAGCAGCUGGGAGUUUGUUAAAAGAGGAGAAAUACGUGCACAGUUACCCCUAUGACUGGAGGACUAAAAAACCAAUGAUUAUUCGUGCCAGCAAACAGUGGUUUGUAAACACAGCAGAUGUGAAGGCUGCAGCACAGGAUGCACUGAAAAAAGUGAAAGUGAUCCCUACAUCUGCAGUGAACAGGAUGCUGGAGAUGCUGGACAGAAGGACGUUCUGGUGCAUAUCACGGCAAAGAUGCUGGGGUGUCCCAAUUCCUGCUUUUUAUCAGAAGAGCACAGGAGAAUGCUUGAUAAACAGUGAAACCAUCACAGAUGUCAUCAAAAUAGUGGAGCAGCAAGGGACAGAUGCAUGGUGGGCCCUCCCUAUUGAACAACUCCUGUCAAAAGAGGCUCUAGCAAAGGCUGGUGGUCACGAUGUUUCGGAUUAUGUCAAGGGACAGGAUGUCCUAGACAUUUGGUUUGACAGUGGAACUUCCUGGGCUCAUGUUUUGGAAGGUGCAGAUCAAAGAGCAGAUACAUACAUUGAAGGAAAAGACCAGCUGGGAGGUUGGUUUCAGUCCUCUCUCUUAACCAGUGUUGCAAUAAGGAAAAAGGCACCAUACAAGACUCUGGUGGUCCAUGGCUUUACUCUUGGUGAGAAAGGGGAGAAGAUGUCCAAAUCUGUUGGCAACGUGGUUGACCCUGAUGUCGUCAUCAAUGGAGGCGAAGACCACGCCAAGGAUCCUCCGUACGGUGCCGACAUUCUCCGCUGGUGGGUGGCAGAAUCCAAUGUUUUCACAGAGGUGCUGAUUGGGCCUGUGGUGCUCAAUGCUGCCAGAGAUGACAUCAACAAGCUCCGGAACACACUACGCUUCAUGCUGGGAAACCUGGAGGGCUUCAAUCCAGAGACAGAUUCCAUCCCUGCUGCAGAGAUGUACAUAGUGGAUCAAUACAUGCUGCAUUUACUGCACGAAUAUGGCAGCAAGGUUACAGAAGCCUACAAACAAUAUGAUUAUAGCAAAGUUGUUCGACUGCUGCAGGCAUUCUGUUCCAAAAGCUUAUCUAACUUCUAUUUCAGCAUGAUCAAGGACAGGCUCUACUGUGAAGAAGCCAAGGAUCCUAAGCGUCGUUCAUGUCAAACUGUGUUGGCAGAGGCCCUGGACAUCAUUGUCCGCUCCUUUGCACCCAUCCUGCCCCACUUGGCAGAGGAGGUUUUCCAGUACAUCCCUUACAAGAAAGACUCAGAGGGUGUGUUUCGUACUGGCUGGAUUAAUGCAAGCUCAGCAUGGAAGAAGCCUGGCAUUGAGGAAGCAAUAGAAGGUGCAUGUGCAAUGAGAGACUCCUUCCUUGGGUCCAUCUCUGGCAAGAACUCUUUGGAAUAUGAAGUCAUCAUUGUAAUUGAGCCUGGAUUGCUCUUUGAAUUAAUGGAGGCACUGCAGGCUGAAGAAACUUCCAGUGUUUCCCAGCUAAAUGAGAUAAUGAUGGCUUCCCAGACAACCCUGCUGAGCGAGUUCCCCAAAGAAACACCUUCAGAUGCAAAUAUCAUAAAAGGGACCUUUUUGAUUAACUUGGAAGGUGGUGACAUUUGUGAACAGUCUUCAUACAAAGUUAUAGCCCGACCCAUUGCCAAAGCAAAAUGCCCUCGCUGCAGGAGAUACACGGCCGAGUCCUCAAGCACUCCCUGCCCACGGUGCCUCCAAGUCCUUGCUGCUGGAAAGGGGAGCACGUGAAGACAAAAUGCCUAUGCAAAAGCUGCUCCAAAGUGGCUGAAGCAGCAGGUCUGCAUACUGGAACCUCUAGAAGCAGAUGCUUAAGCCCCAGCCUGAGCAGGAGUAUCAUGUAUUUUGGGGAACCUUAUGCGUGUGUAUAUAUAUAAAUACAUAUAUAUAUAUAUACACUACUUGUUGUAUAUCACUUUUCAGCUUAAUAAAAAGGGUGGUUAAAAAUAA